AAGCAGGGGGCGCUUUAGGGCGGGGCUACACGCUGAUUGACAGGUCUCUAACAGACCAUAAAGCAGGGGGCGCUUUAGGGCGGGGCUACACGCUGAUUGACAGAAGCGGCGUCUUCGUCCACGCGGUGGCGCGGCUGUUGCUUCAUAUUAAAGCAGGUCGGCGGGAGCGCGCAUGGGUCCGGGAGGCGCGCGGACGCAGCACUGCCUCACUGUGACCCUUCAGCAGAGACUCGGUUCGGUCCGUCGGACUUUUCCAAAGUUUGAUUCUGAGGAUUUCUGUCCGCAUUUAACGAACAUGGAAGUCUUCCCGGGGGGGCGCAGAGAUGUGCCUCGUGCGUAAAGCUGCCGAACCUCCAGAAGAAGAAGAAGAAUCAAACUAGAAGACGUCCCACAGAAAGCGUUCCCCGCGAGGAUGUCCGCGCGCGAGCUUCUGUCCAGGUGAGCUUCUGACACGCGAGCCGCUUCCAGGUGGACCGGAUGACGUAGGAUGGAUUUUACGCACCGGCUCGCGCUGCUGCUGCUGCUCGGCGUCACGUUCAUCUACACGCAGGUUAAUGGAAAGUUUCCUCACUGCCAGUUCCAGUGGGAGAUGCAGAGGGCCAGAAGGGAGUGUGAGACGCUGCUGCAGCACGCACACACACAGACACACACAGGAUGUCUUGGCGAGUGGGACAAUGUCUCCUGUUGGCAGAGGGCGGCGGUCGGGGAGGUGAUGACCCUCCCAUGCCCCGCCCCCAUCUUCAGCCUAUUCGGCAAGGACGGUAACCUCAGCAGGACCUGUACAGAGACGGGCUGGUCUGACGUCUCCCCCCCCCUCAGCAUCGCCUGCUGGUCCAACAACACGGACGAGCCCGGCGAGCUGGUGUUCUACAGGGUGGUGAAGAUCUUCUCCACUCUGGGCCACAGCCUGUCCUUCAUCACUCUGCUCACCAGCACCAUCAUCAUCUGUUUGUAUAGGAAGCUGCACUGCACGAGGAACUACGUCCAUCUCAACCUGUUUCUGUCCUUCAUGCUGCGAGCCGCCGCCGUGCUGAGCAAAGACGCCCUGCUGUUCUCUGAGGAGCAGAACGCCGAGUGCAGCGCACAACCCUCUCUGGUGGGCUGCAAAGCCGUCCUGGUGGUCUUCAACUACUUCGUCAUGGCCAACUUCUUCUGGCUGCUGGUGGAGGGUCUGUACCUCCACACGCUGCUGCUGGUGCUCCGCAGCUGCUCCACCCGCCUCCCUGUGUACCUGCUCAUCGGCUGGGGAAUCCCGCUGGUUUUCAUGGUGGCGUGGAUCGUGUGUCGGAUAAACCUGGAGGACACGCAGUGCUGGGAGAUGAAUGAGAACCCGAUCGCCAACCGGCUGAUGAACUGGCCCAUCAUGGCGUCCGUUAUCAUCAACUUCGUCCUGUUCGUCAGCAUCAUCCGCAUCCUGCUGCAGAAGCUGCGCUGCCCCAACGUGGGAGGAAACGAGCAGUCGCAGUACAGACGUCUGGCCAAGUCCACCCUCCUGCUGAUCCCUCUGUUUGGAAUCAACUACGUGGUGUUCGUCUACCUGAUCGAGCCGGCCGACACAAACCUGAGGGACGUGAAGAUCUUCUUCGAGCUCGCCCUCGGAUCCUUUCAGGGUCUUAUUGUGGCGGUCCUCUACUGCUUCCUGAACAGCGAGGUCCAGAUGGAGCUGAGGAGGACGUGGAGGAGUUUGUCCCUGCGGCGCUACGCGGGGCAGGACUACCGGACGCACGCCAUGUCCGUCAGCCGCAACGGCAACGACAGCUCCGCCCACUUCGCCAGGAGCUCCCGGGCCCAGUCCAUCCCGCAGACGGAGACCACCGUGCUCUGACCGCACGGGUCCGUUGUCAUGGAGACGCUCAGAGGAGCCGUUUCUGAGAUUAAUUCAAUGGACUCGCGUUCGAUGCUGAAAUCAAGAUGAAGUUCGGCCUCCUGCGAGGAUUCAACGUGACAGAAACUUAUUUCAUGAUGUCAUCAUGUCUCUGUUGAUUUGGUUUUCAUCGUCUUCACAACCAAGACGGCAAAAAUGAAAGAAACCAAUUCACGUUUUGGGGAUUUUUUUUAAUUGUAUUUUUAUUACAGUGGGUCAGAGAAGCAGAAUAUUUCAUGUGAGAGGAAUCUGAAGGUGUCGAUAAAACGGCGACAUCUAGUGGUGAGUUUGCAGAACGCAGCUAGCUGCUCUCGGCCAAUGAGACCGUGGGGCUCCACUAGAAACAUGUCCCACCCCUCUGCGCUGUGAUUGGCUAAUGCCAAUACUGUUCCAUCUGAACCACCAUCUUUUUCUAAACCUUUUCAAGCAAGUGCGCCUUAAACUAAAGAGAUUCAUGGUUGAGGUGAAAGUCUGUGACCAACGUAGCAUGAAAUGCUUCUUCGUGGU